GCAUCGGCUCGGCGGACUUCACUUUAAUCGGAAAGACUGGCUGCGUUUAGUGCUCUCGGAGCGACGUACCGUACAUGCGUACAAUCUUCUACGCCCAAAAAGAUGCUGGUCCAACUGCUGACCCUCGGCCUGGGGAUGAUGCUGCUGGCGGAAGAGCAGCUGCAGGUAUUGGCCCUGACCAUCACCAACGGGCAUUGCCAGAAGAACAUCAGCGUCAAGUACCAGGUGCCGGUGACCAGGACACGCAUGCCCGCCAACGCCAGCGCGGAGUCGCACGCGGAGCAGUACGUGGUCUACGAGGAGCGGAUCCGCUGGGACAACGUGCAGGUGUGCUGCCCCGGGUAUCGCGCCAUUUUGUUUGGCUUCUGCGAGCCCAUCUGCCUAGAAGCCUGCCCCGCCUACAGCUACUGCGUGGAGCCCAACAAGUGUCACUGCAUGCGUGGUUACGAGCACUCCCACCACCCGAACAAGCAGCACCAGCUCAUCUGCCGCCCGAUCUGCCAGGGCGGCUGUCCGGAGCACAGCCACUGCGUUGCGCACAACGAGUGCGAGUGCCGGGCCGGCUACAAGGACGUGAGCAGGUGGUUCAGCCUCAGCCUCAUCUGCGAGCGGGUCCAGUGCGGACAGGAGCAGCGCUAUGACCCCGCCCGUCACACCUGCGUCAAGAUCGAGAUGAGCAUGGAGGAGCUAAUGCAGCGCGUGGCCGAGCGCCUAGCCCAGGGCCUAGAGUCGACCACCCAGUCAGAUGGAGAGGACAACAAUGAGCCUUAG